GUGCUCUCGAUCGUCUGCGACAACGCCAGUGUCAACGACUCGAUGAUCGAGGCCGUGGGGGAGCAGGAGUGGAAGCGAUUCUACUCGGACAAGGGUCGAGUCCGGUGUUUCGCUCAUGUCUUGAACUUGAUUUCGGGGGUAAGUUUGAACGCGUUCGAGACGUUCGAACGUCUAAACGUCUACUGA